UUGCUUCUGUUUCUCUUGGCUGUUUCUGCCAGUGUAUGCGUUCCAGUACCGAAAGAGAGUGUGCGAUACGGGGAUACUUAACAUCGGGGUUAACAACACCGAUUUUUAGCACGGACAACCACUUACCCCGAAACUGACAGGACCAAGAUGUCCAGUGAAGUGCAAAGACCUGACAACAGCCCCAGUACAAGUGGGGGGAGCUCUGAUCUAGAUCAGCGGGAAAGUGUUCAACAAGAACAAGAAAGAGAACAAACGCAGCCGAAGAAAAAAGAGACAAAAAUCUCAAGCAAAACAGCUGCAAAGCUUUCAACAAGUGCCAAAAGGAUUCAGAAAGAGCUAGCAGAAAUAACAUUGGACCCUCCUCCCAAUUGCAGUGCUGGUCCUAAGGGAGAUAACAUUUAUGAAUGGAGGUCGACAAUCCUGGGACCCCCUGGAUCAGUGUACGAGGGGGGCGUCUUCUUCCUGGACAUCACAUUCUCACCCGACUAUCCUUUCAAACCACCCAAGGUGACUUUCCGAACGAGAAUCUACCACUGUAAUAUUAACAGCCAGGGAGUGAUCUGCCUGGAUAUCCUAAAAGACAACUGGAGCCCAGCACUGACCAUCUCCAAGGUUCUCUUGUCUAUCUGCUCACUCCUUACAGACUGUAACCCUGCUGAUCCACUCGUUGGAAGCAUUGCCACACAGUAUCUCACCAACAGAGCAGAGCAUGAUAGAAUAGCCAGGCAGUGGACCAAGAGAUAUGCCACAUAAGGAUCCACUACAGAAGUUCCCUUAAACUGUAAAAGCACAUUCACUAAGUGCAACCGUAGAACAUCCCUCUCCCUUGUACCUUUUGUUUACCUUUUUGUGAAAAAAAAAUGUCAUUUGUUCCUUGCUGACUUGAAUGCUUCUUUUUUUUAUAUAUACAAAGAGUAGAUGGGGAUUUUUGUUUUCCCAUUCAUUGAAUGUUGGAACUGUUAUUGAAAAAAAAGCAUUAUUAUUACCCAGCUAUGUAUAUGUGUGUUGUUUUCCUUUUUAGUAGUCCCUGGAACAAUUUUCAGAUUAUAUCUUGUUUCUACUUCAACGUAGUGUUUAGAAUAAUGUUUUUGUACUUAAGUCAUUAAUGGUGAGUGCAUGUUAACAGGAUGAAGAUUUGUAUUUACCUUAAAAGAGUAAUCACUGUGCAUCUCACAAACUGUGUUCAUCAUCUACCUUUUGAUUUUUAAAAAAGGUUGUUGAUGCAGACUAAGGAAUUCUGUAUUUUGAAGAUCUACAUAAAAAAGUGGUUGUAAAUUUCCUAGUUACCUGCCACUUCUGACUGUAGAUCAGUUUGAUGUACACUUGUAUUAUUAAAUCACUCAAUAAAACACUGUGG